CUCUAAUCCAUUAUACCUCUAAUUCAAUACACCUCUAAUCCAAUACAGCGAACCAAACUUGCCCUAAAUUUAGUAACUAAAUGUUCGUUUAUAUGAAAAAGAAAGGAAAACAAAACCAAACCCGGAAGGGAAAUCUCAGUAUCUCACUGUAUCUCUCCAGCUCCCCUGUUAGAGCAAUGUACGUAAAAGUUGCGAUUUGUUUAACAUUCGCCAUUCUCCUUCUGAUUUCAUGUUCCAUCUACGUCGGCACCAUUGAUGCCAAAUCAUACUUCUUCCCACUGCAACCGCCGCCGCUUCGUCUCUCGCUAUGUGCAACCGACCGUCCCCUCCGUGUUUACAUGUACGAUCUCCCUAGGAAAUUCAACGCCGGCAUGAUGGACCGUGGGACAUCCCAGGUGGCGGCUCCGGCCACAGUGGAGAAUUUCCCUCCCUGGCCUAAAACUUCCGGUUUAAAGAGGCAACAUAGCGUGGAGUAUUGGCUGAUGGCUUCGCUUCUUUACGACGAAGAAGAAGGGAGCGAGGCGAUUAGGGUUUCGGACCCCGAAAUGGCGGACGCUUUCUUUGUGCCUUUUUUUUCGUCAUUGAGUUUCAAUAAGCACGGCCAUGUUAAGACGGAUGCUGAGGCGGAUGCGGAUCGCCAGUUACAGGUUGAAUUACUUGAAUUCUUGCGACAAUCCAAGUAUUAUCAAAGAUCCGGAGGCAGAGACCAUGUAAUUCCCAUGACACAUCCAAAUGCUUUCCGAUUUCUUCGACAGGAGUUGAAUGCAUCUAUUCUUAUUGUUGUAGAUUUCGGUCGCUAUCCUAGAAAUAUGUCAAGUCUAAGUAAAGAUGUGGUUGCCCCGUACGUACACGUUGUUGAUUCCUUCACAGAUGAUGACCCUCUGGACCCGUAUGAGUCUCGAACUACUCUUCUUUUCUUCCGGGGAAAUACUGUCAGGAAAGAUGAAGGCAAAAUUCGAGUCAAAUUGGCCAAUAUGUUGGCUGGUAACGAUGAUGUUCAUUACGAAAAUAGUGUACGAACUCCAAAAAGCUUUAAAAUGUCUACGAAAGGGAUGCGAUUGUCGAAGUUCUGUCUGCACCCUGCAGGGGACACACCGUCCUCUUGCCGGCUCUUUGAUGCUAUUGUGAGCCACUGUGUUCCAGUCAUUGUCAGUGACAAAAUCGAGCUUCCCUAUGAGGACGAAAUCGAUUACACUGAAUUCUCGAUUUUCUUCUCUAUGAAAGAGGCUUUGGAACCAGGUUAUUUGAUUGAUCAGCUACGUCGAUUUCCGAAGGAUAGAUGGAUUAAUAUGUGGAUGCGGCUUAAGAAUGUUUCUCCUCAUUAUGAAUUCCAAUACCCUCCAAAGAAGGAAGAUGCGGUCAAUAUGUUAUGGAGACAGGUGAAGCACAAGCUUCCUGGGGUUCGGCUAGCUGUUCAUAGAAGUAGAAGGCUGAAAGUUCCGGAUUGGUGGCGGCAGAAGAGAUGAUUCUGGGAACCUUUUUAUGACACUGUAUAUUUAUGAUCUCUUUUGGUUUUUUCAUUUAUAGUGACAUCUCAUGGCAGACACAAGAAGCAAAGGCGCUCGGAAAUGGCAACCCCAACAUCACGGUGCCAGCUUUACUGAGCUAACUGGGUAAAGGUUCUGGUUCCAACAUUUCCACUCUCUUUUCCAGCAUUAUAUAGAGCAAGAGGCAGUCAGUUAAGAUCAUUCUCAGUUUUCUUAUUUCCUGGCAACAGCUAAUGUGCAGAAGCUGUUUUAAAAGAUGGAAUCGGCAUGGAGUUUUGGUAUCUAAAAUCAAUGUUCUUCGAAUUUGAGUGUGAAUAUCAAACAGGACUAUAUAUCCGACACGGAUAUGUUCAUUUUUUUUUAGAAAAAAAAAGGGUUUUUUUCACACA